AUGAGAGGUGGCAUCCAACAAAGACUUUCCUUGGCAGAACCAUCUGGUGAAGCAAAGCAAGGGCAACCAAAGUCUUGUUUGGCUGACUGGUUACACAGGCAAUGGGCUGAAGGCUUUUUCAGCCCCCAGCAACUUCAGAAAAUAGCUGCCUUGGCACAAGUUGAUUUUGAAGCAGCUGGAGCAAGAGCUCCCCAUCCAUUGGCCCAGUUGGCCAGACUGGGGUCGAAUGGCUUGUAUGAAAACAACAUGCAUAGAGACCUUGUGAAACUGCUGGCACCUGUCUCUUCUCUUCCUCAUGCACUACCAGUGAAGAUUCCAAUGAAGGGUGGCCUGUUCCUUCAGAACAUCCAACUACCACAUCUCCAGUUCCACUGCAUGCACAAGCACUACACAGACAGAUUCAAUUCUUCAUUUUUUCCUCAAGCACCACACAGUCUGAGAAGCUUUUGGGAAACCUUUUCCCAGCAUAUUUGCAUGAGAGAUCACCCAGCACUUGGAAGGCUUGACCUUUAUUCCAAAGGCUUGCCAAUCAAGAUACAUGGAGAUGCUAUGCCAGUGACUGGCAUUGGCAAAGUGUGGUCAAAGGGAAUGCUGGUCAUGAAUUGGAGUGGGCUUCUGAGCACAGCAGCUUCCAGGGAAAACUGCGACGUCAUGUAUGUUGCAUUUGAAAAGCUACUUCAAGAUGGAACACAUUCUACAUUGGAUGAACUGUUCACAGUCCUAGCUUUGAGUUUCAACUCUUUGCUGGAAGGAACUUUCCCCAGCCAUGAUUGGAAUGGCAAACCAUUUUCAGCAACAUCUCCACAUGGCAGGCUAGCAGGGGAACCCCUGGCCAAUGGGUUCUUUGGAGUGGUGACCACAUUAGUGGGUGAUUUAGAUUAUUUGAACAAAACUUUGAAACUGCCACACUGGGCAAGGAAGGACAGCCCUUGUGCUAUUUGCAGAGCUUCUGGUGCAGGAAACUCAAGGUGGCAGAACUUCUCAAUGCAUGCUGAGUGGAAGGGAACCCUGUGGCCCCCCACAGAUUGGAUGUCUUGGGAAGGCAAAUCAAAAUGUCAAUUGUUUCGAAUCAAGCACCUUACAGGAGCCUCAGUGGCAGCAGAUUGGAUGCACACAAAAUACCUUGGCCAUGACCAAUACGCCAUGGGCAGUGUCAUUUACAUCUUGAUUUUUCAUCUCUUGAAUCAAGGUUCCACAAAGAGGAAUUUGGCUUGGUUCUGGGCAGCAUUGAAACGGCUCUACAAAACAUACCAGAUCAGGGACAAGUAUGGCAGCUUCAGUACAAACACCAUGUUUAUGAACAAACAAGGUAUCAAACUCAAAGGCAAGGCUGCAGUUAUCAAAGCACUUGCCAAACCAUUGCUGGAGAUUUGGUCUCAGUGGCACAACCCACAGCUGCAGAUGCACAGGAUGAUUUCGAUUUACCUGAAGUUAAAUUGUCAGAUUGAAGGCAUGUUGGAGGACAAUUUUGCAAAUUUGAGUUUCAGCACUGGUGAUGCCAUGAAAUUUGAAGAGCUAGUGUUUCAAAUGGGCCAUGUGUGCCAUCUGCUGAAUGAACACUUUCAGCACCAAGAUGUGCCCAAUGGGAUGUUCAACAUAACAUCCAAGCUGCAUUAUUUGAUGCAUGCAGCCAUGAGUAGCAAGCAUAUCUCCCCCAGGUACACCUGGGUUUUUCAAGGAGAAGACUUCAUGAAAGUCAUGCAAAGGCUUGCUCAGUCUUGCACCAGAGGUAACAAGCCUCAGGAAAUUAGCUACAAAAUGCUGGAGCAUUGGCGUGUAGCACAGCACAUGAUGUGGGCUGAGGAUUGA